GCAGAGCCUGGGCUUGGAGCGCCAGGAGUCCGCCUCUGCAAGUCCUGGGAUCCAGACACAUUCUCCAAAACCCCUGGGCUCCCUUCAAACACGCCAGCAGCCGGAGGGGGACCGACACUGUGACCCAGUCCCACACAGGAUCGUCUUUUAAAGUCGUAAGAUUGGAAGUCUGUCGACGCGGUGAUGGUUCCCCAGUCAGUAUGGUUCGCAUUUGGAAUAUUAGCGGUGAACUUGACUACAGCGGCUGGAUCUGAAGUAACUGGGAGCCCAGCAGUUUUGCAGAAGUUUGCCGCCCUGGGGCAGGAGGUCAGGCUGGUGACUCCACUCAGGACAGACUCCGAGGGCCGCUUCGUGUCCCACCUAGUAUCGGGCUCUCAAGUCAGGCGGAAAAAGCGGAGUGGCCCUGCGCCCUGGCCUGGGAGUCCCGGGCAAGAGAGCCAGGCUGAGACUCACCCACUGUUCUUCAAUGUCACCGUCUUUGGCCAGAGCUGGCAGCUCAGACUGGAACCUAGCUACCGGCUGGUGGCCCCAGGAGCCGUGUUGGAGUGGCAGGAAGAUGGACAAAGUCACACACAGCCACUGAGUGAGGGCUGCAUCUAUAGUGGGGGCAUCAGCCACAUCCCUGAGGCCAGGGUAGCCAUCAGCAACUGCGAUGGACUGGCUGGAAUGAUCCGAACAGAUCAGGAGGAAUAUUUUAUUGAACCACUAGAAAAGGGCAAACAAUCUGAAGAAGAGGAGAAGGGUCGCGUUCAUGUAGUGUACCGCAGAUCAGCUGUCCAGCAUUCAAAUCCCGAAAACGCUGGUGACUUUUAUCAAACAGGUUCAGAGCUCGGUGUGGCUAGUGAUCUGGACAACAUGCAUGACAACCUUGACAAGGAGCUGGUGGAAACGUUGAGGAGGCGGAGACAUGUGAACGAUGGCAACUACAACAUCGAGGUGCUUUUGGGAGUGGAUGACUCCGUGGUUCGGUUCCAUGGGAAAGAACACGUCCAGAACUACCUCUUGACUCUAAUGAACAUAGUUAAUGAGAUUUACCAUGAUAAAUCACUGGGAGCCCAUGUAAAUGUUGUGCUAGUACGAAUGAUCAUGCUGGGAUAUGCAAAGUCCAUCAGCUUGAUUGAAAGAGGAAAUCCGUCUCGAAGCUUGGAGAAUAUCUGUCGCUGGGCCAACUCUCAGCAAAAAGCAAACCCGAACCAUUCGGAACACCAUGACCAUGCCAUCUUUUUAACAAGGCAAGAUUUCGGUCCAGCGGGUAUGCAAGGGUACGCUCCAGUGACUGGAAUGUGCCACCCAGUUCGCAGUUGUACUCUAAACCAUGAGGAUGGCUUCUCUUCAGCGUUUGUAGUUGCUCAUGAAACUGGUCAUGUCCUGGGAAUGGAACACGAUGGCCAAGGAAACCGGUGUGGAGAUGAAACCAGCAUGGGAAGUGUCAUGGCACCCUUAGUCCAAGCUGCUUUUCACCGUUUUCAUUGGUCUCGGUGCAGUGGACAAGAGCUCAAGCGAUACCUUCAUUCCUAUGACUGUCUGCUGGAUGACCCAUUUGAACACGAUUGGCCCAAACUUCCUGAACUGCCAGGGAUCAACUAUUCAAUGGAUGAACAAUGCCGCUUUGAUUUCGGCGUGGGUUACAAGAUGUGCACAGCCUUUCGCACCUUCCAUCCGUGUAAGCAACUAUGGUGCAGCCAUCCUGACAACCCAUUCUUCUGCAAGACAAAGAAAGGGCCUCCUUUGGAUGGAACAGAAUGUGGUCCUGGAAAGUGGUGCUACCAAGGUCACUGUUUAUGGAAGACUUCAGAGCAGGUAAAGGUGGACGGCAGUUGGGGUCCUUGGAGCAAACUUGGGUCCUGCUCUCGAACCUGUGGCUCUGGUGUCCGCUUUCGAACCCGACAGUGCAAUAACCCAGCGCCUGCAAAUGGUGGUCAGGAUUGUCCUGGUGUAAACUAUGAAUACCAACUGUGUAACAAAGAAGAUUGCCCACGUCAUUUUGAAGAUUUCCGAGCACAGCAGUGUCAGCAACGUAAUUCAUACUAUGAAUAUCAGAAUGCUAAACACCACUGGCUUCCAUAUGAACAUCCUGACUCAAUAAAAAGAUGCCAUCUCUACUGUCAAUCCAAGGAAAUGGGAGGAGUUGUCUACAUGAAACAAUUAGUCCAUGAUGGUACUCGUUGUUCCUAUAAAGAUCCAUACAGUAUCUGUGUAAGAGGUGAAUGUGUGAAAGUGGGAUGCGAUAAAGAAAUUGGCUCAAACAAAGUGGAUGACAAAUGUGGAGUGUGUGGUGGGGACAAUUCCCACUGCAGAACAGUGAAAGGAACAUUUACCAGAACACCAAAGAAGUCGGGCUACUUAAAGAUGUUUGAGAUCCCAUCUGGUUCUAGAUAUGUGUUCAUCCAAGAAGACGAGGUUUCUCCUCACAUUCUUGCUGUCAAGAACCAGGCUACGGGUCACUACAUCCUGAAUGGGAAAGGAGACAAACCCAAAACAAAGGUUUUUAUUGAACUGGGCGUAGAGUGGGCAUACACCUUGGAGGAUAACAUUGAAACUCUGCACACAGAUGGUCCUUUGCAUGAUCCUGUUGUGAUCCUGAUAAUCCCUCGGGAUAAUAGUACAAAAUCUACUCUCACCUAUAACUACAUUAUCCAUGAAGACUCCUUACCAACCAUCAGCAACAAUAAUGUACUUCAAGAAGAUGUCCAUGCCUUUGAGUGGGCUUUGAAGAACUGGUCCCAGUGUUCCAAACCAUGUGGUGGAGGUUUUCAGUACACAAAGUAUGGAUGCCGUAGGAAGACUGACAAUAAAGUGGUUCAUCGUAACUUCUGUGAUGCAGAUAAGAAACCAAAACCUAUCCGCAGGAUGUGUAACCUGCAAGAGUGCACAUUGCCUGUUUGGAUAGCAGACGAAUGGGAACACUGCACAAAAUCCUGUGGGAGUUCUGGAUACCAACUGCGCACUGUUCGCUGUGUGGAGAUGACCAAUGGAAGGAAUCACUCAGUGCACAGUAAAUACUGCACUGGAGAGCGGCUGGAGAACCGCCGAGCUUGCAAUCGAAAACCUUGUCCAGCACAAUGGAAGACGGGGCCCUGGUUAGAGUGUUCUGUGACUUGCGGUGAAGGAAUUGAACAAAGACAGGUCAGAUGUCGUCCAAAUGACCAAUGCGAUGGUGAGAAACCAGAAGCUACAAGAGUCUGUAAACGUCCCCCUUGUGGUGAUGAGCCUUGCCUGCGAGAUAAGUCUAUAUUCUGUCAGAUGGAAGUGCUAGCUCGCUAUUGCUCCAUCCCAGGCUACAACAAACUCUGCUGUGAAUCGUGUGGCAAGCGCAGUAGCACCCUGCCUCCCUCCUUAUUUACUGGUGCUGCGGAAAUAGAGGAUGAAAUGGCAGAAUCUGACCACAAGAUGACACCAACUCACCCUCCUGACUCCACAUCCAGGAGCAGAAGUUUGCAAGGCAGCAGGUUAGCCAGAGAAAAGAAUACCAAGCCUAGAGCAGUCACUCCAGGACGAGGCAAAACAAAAGGUCCAAACUCCUCCCAGAAAAAGACACCUGCGGUUGGUUGGCCUCACAGAUUGGUGGCUUCACAGUAUCAGCCUCAUUUAUUUCAAGACGAUCCUAUUGCCAUCGGCAACAGCUCCACAGCUACCCAUGCAUCAGUUGGAGUGGCAGAGCCAUCAGAAAGAAAUGCUGCAUCACAAUCUCCUGAGGCAGAGACAUGAAGUAAGGUUCUUAUGUCUGAUACAUCUGAGGAAAAAAAAAACAACCAUUCAACAAGAAUCAAUUAUAGACAUCAUGGUGCACGUCUGAUUUGAAAAUGACUUUCUGCAUUUUCAGUGAACCUAAACUGUCACUCUUUUCUCGAAAAAGAAUACUUUGAAGUCGUAAAGUGCUGGCACUUUGCUCCAUGUCAUUAAAUUGGCCAACAUCCAAUUUUUUUUGGGAUCACUUAAACAAAGACCAAAGAUUUUUUCAAUGAAGAGGAGAUAUCCAGGUUUGCUGGUGUUGCGUUUGUAAAGGAUUAUGACUACAUUUUACAUAUCAUCUGAGGUUAAAAGAAUCAAAGCAAGGAAUCAA